AUGAUUCAGCCUAUAGAGGAGCAGCCCGAAGAAAAGAAGAAGGAUGGAGAAGCAUCAGUUGAAGAAAAGGAAAAAGAUACAAUUGAAGUUGACAAAAACAAUCCUGAAAAAGUUGAAAGGAAAUUAUUUAAGUGGAAGAAGAAGAAAGCUCUAGAAAAACAGAACAAGCCAUUGGAUCUCUCCCCAUAUGCUCGAACCCCUUAUCCUCAGAGAUUAAAGAAAGAUAUUCAGAAGCAGCAGUAUUCAAAGUUUCUAGACAUAUUCAAGAGGUUCAUGAAGGAUCUAAUAUCAAGGAAGCGUAAGUUGCAGGAAUAUGAGACGGUGAAUCUGACGGAGGAAUGUAAUGCGAUCAUCAAAAAGAAGUUACCCACCAAAGUCAAGGAUCCAGGGAGCUUCAGCAUUCCAUGCACUAUAGGCAAAGUGGAAGCGGACAAUGUUUUAUGUGAUGUUGGAGCUAGCAUCAAUGUCAUGCCACUCUCUAUGUUGAAGAAGCUGGGGAUUACUGAAGUGAAGCCCACAAAGAUGAUAGUGCAACUGGCUGACCGCUCUUCAAAGCAAGCUUAUGGCAUCAUUGAAGACAUAUUGGUCAAGGAGCACUGA